AUGUUUAACGUCGUGAGUAGAAAGUACGUCCCCACGCGCCCCGCGCUCACCGACGACCCCCCGCUGAGCGUCCAGACCGUCCACGUCUCCAAGUCCGCGGACGCACCGGAGGCGACGUGGCCGCCGCACGGAGCCAGGAUGCGGAUCUCCAAGGCCAACAAGGGCCCGGCGGUGGUUCGAGCGCUGCGGCGGCACACGUCCCCUCCGCCGGCCAGCCUGGAGAGCCUGGAGGCGGCCUGGAGCGAGCGAGCGCGGCCGGAGGUGGCCCCGGAGAGGAGCGAGCCCGAUGGGGAGGCUCCGGGCGGCGGGGCGGAGGGCCACGGAGCGGGGCCGCAGAGGAGCCGGAAGAGGGGCUUCAGACCCCCCGACGUGAGGACCAUCUUCUCCCCCGAGGAGAGGGACCCCCGGGUGAAGGAGGAGUCCGGGGAGGGACACACCUUCCAGGCCGGAGGGGAGGACACCUGGUGUGAUGCCUGCUGCCAGUACAUGUUCCAGCCCGGACUCACCUGUGCAGGGUGUAAGUACACGUGUCACGCUGCCUGUCGGGACCGAGUGUCACUGGACUGUCAACCUGCAGCGACCCACAUCAGCCAGGACCAGCUCAACAACAACAACACACAGCUGCACGAUGUGGAGAAGGAGAGAGAGCUGCGGACGGAGUUCAGCAGGGAGGAGAUCCGGCAGAAGAUCGAGCAGUACAACUGUUUAACCAAGGACCACCUGAAAAUGACACAGAGUUCCUCUGGUGUUUACACCGGUUUCGUCAAAGUCCAGAUGGACUUGCGGAGGCCGGUGACGGUGCGGGGGGGUCAGAGAGGAGCAGGAGGAGCAGGAGGAGCCGUAGUGCAGGAGGCUUUUUAUCUGCCCCGCGGUGUCAUCAACACCCUCCACAUCAGCUCCAAUAACACAGUCCGCCAGGUGAUUGUCGCUCUGUUGAACAAGUUCACAGUCGCAGACAACCCGGCCAAAUACGCCCUUUACAAGCGCUACCGGAGAGAGGAGCAGGUGUACGUGUGUAAGCUGGCGGAUGGCGAGCAGCCGUUGUUUCUGCGUCUGGUGGCCGGACCCGACUCAGACACACUCAGCUUCGUGCUGAGGGAACAACAAAUCGGAGAAGUCAUGUGGGACGCCUUCUCCAUCCCCGAGCUGCGUAACUUCCUGCGGAUCCUGGACAAGGAGGAGAAGGAGCAGGAGGAGGCGGUGCUGCGCCGCUACGACUCCUACCGCCACAGACUGCAGGAGGCCAUGACGGAGGUCCGACGGCCUGCUCAGAGGAUUUAACCUCCACUCAACAGGACUACUGCCCCCUAGAGGGACGGAGGAGGGGAUUUGUUUUUACCUACUCGUCAAAGGAGGAGAACGGUGUAAUUUCUGAUGGAGAGAGAGGGAUGUGAACAGAGGAUAAGAAGGAGGAUCCUGCAUUUGAAGGACGAUACAGAUGGAGGGAUAUUAAAAGACAAUAAACACUGAGAGACAGCCGGUGAAGGACGAACAAAGGGAUGAACGGACAGAAAUCAGACGGACGAUGCUGGAGUUUGAUUCCCGCUCGGUUAAAGACUUGAAACUCGCCUGCUCUGCUGCGUCUGCCUGCGAUCACCAAAGAUUCACUGAUUUGUGCCAUAUUCACUCGUCCUCUCCCUCAUCCUCUCCCUCUCUCCGUCCGUCCCUCUCUCUCUCACUCUGUCCUGCUGUCACAUAAUUUAUCGUUUAUCUGACUCCUUUGUUUCCCCCAGUUUUUAAUCCUCUUCUGAAUCUGUGAGCGACUCGAGGCCAUAUGUUGAGUCCGAGUUUAACUUAAUUUGUUUUUGAGGUCUGUACAUAUUUUUUUUCCUUAAUUUAUAUGGGUGAAGCUUCUUUUUUUUUUUUAUUGUUUUUUCUUUUUUAAAACAAAGUCUUAUUUGAGUUUAUUCUCCAGAGGCGGAGCUACAGUUUGAACACAGAGAAAAGUUUAUCCAGACUUCUACAAGAAGUAAACACACAAAAACAACACAAGCAUCACAAACCACUGGAUCUAAUAUUUCCACAAGCUGUAUUAUCACCGGAUAUCACGAUACUGUACCAUCGAUAUAUUUAUCAAGUUGCUAUCGUUGAUGAUUUUUGCUUAAAUGAUCGUGAAAGUGACAAAGGAACGAGCAGGUUGAUCCUGUGGAGUCUCGAGUGUGCCAAAUAGAAGAUGUUAUUAUUAUUAUUCAGUUAUUAUCUCAACUGACAUUUGUUUUUAUCUUGUUCUACUUUGUGUUAGUUUCACAGAAAUAUGACAAAUUAAACAUUAAAUAUAAAACGGGGGCUUUUUGUUUGUGAUACGUAAUUAAAUUGCAAAUGUAAUCCAUGUUUAUUUUUUAUUACUAUAUUGAAUUUUGGCACACUGGAGAUUCCACAGCGGGUUUUUGCCUGAAACUGGAUGUUUUCUGAAAACAGACACGAACUUUACGACUGACACGUGAUCAAUGAGGAAAGGUUUGAAUAAGUAGAAAGAAUAAAGUCUCCGAUCGGAGCUGGUGAGGACAGGAAGUCGCUGGUGAGGACAGGAAGUCGCUGGUGGCUGUAGAAGUGUUUGUCAUUGAGGUUGAAGUUGACCGUGAUGAACUGGUGGGAUUUUAAAGUUUUCACGCCACCAGCAGAGUUUGAGCUGAAGUGAACUGACGUGAUUUAGGGGGAGACGUGACCUCUGACCUCAGAGGGAGGGAGGAAGCGACGAUUGAACGGCUUCUGGAAGUCGACUAGAAGGUUUAGAGGAAGUAGAAAACGGACAUUAGAUGGAGGAAGGAAGAAACGAUAAGAGAGGAGGUUAACGAUUCGUUGCCACAGGAGGUAAUUCAACAGAAAGCUUGUUCCUAGAAGCUGUGACCUUGAGAACAAUGACUGCUUUCUCUGUCUUUGUUUCAUAUAUGAAACCUCCUGUAAUCCACCGCUGAGAGAGACGCACGCCUGUAAGAGCAGAAAGCUUCAGUGGACAUGAGGGUAGCAGCUGCAUUGUCCUGCUCUCGUUCAUUGUGCUGCUCCUCUCAUCUCCAGUUGGAACGUGCAGCCUCGACCUCCACGUCGACCCCAGACUCCAGCUUCUUGUCUGGUGGAUAAAAGAGAGAAACAUUACAGAGGAGAACAAGGAAAGUAGAAUGUUAGACGAGGAGGAAUAUGGAGAAGAGGAGGAAGAGGAAAGAUAAACGUGCUGAAGAAGAGUUGAGGUUCACGAACGGUUUCUAUCAAAGUCACAAAGGCCUUUUCAUAGCUGCCUUAAAUAUAUAGUAUAUAUAUGCAAUAUCCUCUUUGGCUUAUGUGGUUUAUCAUUAAUAACACAAAGACUAGAGAGGAUUGUUUCUAGUGUAGUUUUGUAAAAGAUAUUUUUUCCGCUUUUAGAAUCCAGAGUUUAUUCUAGAUUUUCAGGAAACGACUGAAAUCGUAAAAGACAAUCAUUUAACACUGCAAAUGAAAAACCUGUUUGACUCGUUGUGAUGAAUGAAAACAAAGAUAAGAUGCUUGUUCCAGCUGCAGGUACUGAAUGAAGGCGAACUGACGGUGCUGUGGUGGAGACUGGUUGUACUGGUUGUACGAUACCGCCGUCCAGUGGACAAACUUACUACUACUCCCUCUUCUCUGUGUCAAACGCAUUGAUCAUAGAUUUUAUUUUCAUUUGUUGAUGUUGUUAUAACCAAAGAUAUUUUUGUGGUGUUGCCUGGAGCAAAGAUAUAUGAGAGGUGUCUUCCCACCGGAGGGAGAAACAUAUUUAGUUUAGAGUUUUAUUUAAAGGGGUUUUUUAAACCUGAUUUAUUUACUAUCAAACACUGGGUUAAAUGUAUGGAGGUAAAAAAAAGGGCCUUAAAGAAUUUACUCUCAUAAGAAGUUGUUAAUAAAACUGAUAUCUGAUUAAAUUGUGUACUAUUUUCUGUAAACAAAAUAUCAGGAUGUGAAAUUCAAACUUAAUUCCGUGCUGCCUAGAAUUAGCUAAAUACAAAAUUUGGUAAUAUACAAUUCAAACUACUUUGGCCGCUUUUUGCCUCCAUACUGUAAAAAUUUAAAGUGAUACACACGUCUGCAUCUUUAAGCCAUGUUGUUUGUGUAAAUUCUAAACAACUUUUGCUGUUUAAACAUCAGACCAGACUAGUAUCAAUAUUUAUAUUUGAAUUUUUUUGGGGCACUUUACCUUUAAAUUCAGGGAAGACGGGUUUUUAUUUUAUUUUUUAUCUUUCCCCAGUUUAAUCCUAAAAACCUCCGCUAUCACUCUGUGUACAUUAUCUUAACAUCUAAUACUCUUAAUUUGAAAGAUGUUGUUAAGCUCUACUUAUUGUUAUGUUUUUUUAUUUUAUCAUGAAAGUAAAGUGUGGCAGAAUAAGUUUUAUUUAGUUUUGUUCUGUUUCAGCUGUUGACUGUGAAACGUUUGGUUGAAUCUCGUUUCUCACGCGUUCGUGCUUUUGUAUGUAAUACCUGUUUUCACCACCGGGCUGUCUGAUGUUAAAGCUUCUAAAUUAUCGUGCAUAGAAGCAGUCGGACGAAAUACUGUUUCUCAAACGCUGUCAAAUCUGCUGCUUAUUUAAAUUCAGCUCGUUGAUAAGUUCAUAUUUAACGGGAUGCCAAAGAUCUGUGUCGCUCUUCUGCCACAUGUUCAUUUUAUUUUAUCUUUUAUUUUGUAUUGUCCACUGAUUCUGUUGGUUUUUGUUUUUGUGCAGAGAGAAAACAUCUAACACAAAACUCACACACAGGUUUUAAAAUUUCACACCUGAGCUGAAAACCCCCAGAAUCGAAGUCGUGUCCUGAAUCAAACAGGAUGAAAAGAAUUUUAGUUUCUAAUCCUCGUCCUGAUUAAAGUUAUUUAUUUUCCUGAUUCAGCUCAGAUGUAUUUUUGAGUUGAGUCUGGAACCCGUGAUCUCGGCCGUGCCUUCGUGAAGCAGCAGAGAAACGAUGCUCCUCAUUAGAUGGAGGCAGGUUUCUGUUUGUUUGUGUCUCUUGUUCUGUUGGAAUCAAACGUGGCCUUUUCCUCACACGGAGGUCGGGCUGCAUCUAUUAAAGGUGAAAUUAAAACUCAAAA